UCGCUUUGUCUCUCUCUCUCCUUUUCUUUCUAUACAUCUGGGCCUUUCUCGUGUUUGUGUGUAAUUACAGAUUCUCUAGAACACAAACUCUAUUGAUAUUAAAAAAAAAUUCGGAUACCUAUUUUAUACUGAGAAGGGAAAUAUCUUUAUUAUUUUAUUGAGAGAACCUACCUUAAAGGAGUAGUAAAAUCUCUUCUGUGAGUGACUGACCGACUCAUUGUUCAUUAAAAAUUAAACUGAACAACUCACUUUUUGUUUUGUUUUGUUUUGGAUUCGUCAGAGGAAGCCAGCAUUAUCUUCUAAUGGCCCAAGGUAUGUCUGGCAUUGAAUUGCACCAGAAAAAGCAGGGCCUCUUAAAAGACCAAGUGAGAUUGGUUAAGAGAAAGGACUGUGACCGCUAUGAGAUUGUUCCAAUCCAACAGACUUACACCUUUGAGAAAGGCUUUUUUUUAUUUAUUCGUGCAUGCCAAUUGUUGGCCCAAAAGAAUGAUGGGAUUAUCCUGGUAGGUUUAGCAGGUCCUUCAGGGGCUGGGAAGACUGUUUUCACAGAGAAGGUACUCCAUUUCAUUCCCAGUGUUGCUGUUAUUUCAAUGGACAACUACAAUGAUUCUAGCAGAAUUGUAGACGGCAACUUUGACGAUCCACGCUUGACUGACUAUGACACAUUGCUGAAGAAUGUCCAAGAUUUAAAGUCAGGAAAAGCAGUUGAGGUUCCAAUCUAUGAUUUCAAAUCUAGCUCACGCAUUGGAUAUAGGACACUUGAAGUCCCAACUUCUCGCAUAGUGAUUAUUGAGGGUAUCUAUGCUUUAAGUGAAAAGCUGCGGCCUAUGCUAGACCUACGAGUAUCAGUAACAGGAGGAGUUCAUUUUGAUCUUGUGAAACGAGUUUUACGGGACAUCCAACGUGCUGGCCAAGCACCAGAGGAAAUUAUCCAGCAGAUAUCUGAAACGGUGUAUCCAAUGUAUAAAGCUUUUAUUGAGCCGGAUCUUCAAACAGCACAUAUAAAAAUCAUAAACAAAUUCAACCCUUUCUCUGGAUUCCAGAGUCCUACUUACAUAUUAAAGUCAGCAAAGAAAGUGAAAGUGGAUCAGAUCAAGGCUGUUCUUUCUGAAGAGCAUACAGAGGCAACAGAGCAGACUUAUGAUAUAUAUCUUUUACCACCUGGUGAAGAUCCAGAAUCUUGCCAGUCAUAUCUGAGAAUGAGGAAUAAAGAUGGAAAAUACAAUCUUAUGUUUGAGGAAUGGGUCACUGAUAAUCCAUUUGUUAUAUCGCCAAGGAUCACUUUUGAAGUCAGCGUGCGGCUUCUCGGUGGGUUGAUGGCCCUAGGAUAUACAAUAGCAACCAUCCUUAAAAGAAGCAGCCAUGUAUUCUUUAAUGAUAGAGUGUGUGUAAAAAUUGAUUGGUUGGAACAACUAAAUCGUCAAUAUAUCCAGGUGCAAGGAAGAGAUCGGUUGGUUGUGAGAUGUGUUGCGGAGCAGCUAGGUUUAGAGGGCUCAUAUGUUCCACGUACCUAUAUAGAACAGAUUCAACUGGAAAAGCUUGUAAAUGAAGUUAUGGCUUUACCAGAUGAUUUAAAGACAAAACUCAGCCUGGAUGAGGAUUUAGUUUCAAGCCCCAAAGAAGCACUUUUGCGAGCCUCUGCUGACAGGGUAGCAAUGAGAAACAAGAACCUCAAAAGUGGUAUGUCGCAUUCAUAUUCAAGUCAAAGGGACAAGAACUUGUCCAAGCUUGCAGGACUUGCUGCAAGCGACAGAAGAUAUAAUGAAAGAAACUCAGAUUCAUCAGCAGUGCAAGCAAACGAGGGAAUGCUCACUCAACUAUCAGAACAGAUCUCCUCGCUUAAUGAUAGAAUGGAUGAGUUCACGAACCGGAUGGAGGAGCUAAAUUCCAAAUUAAACAACAAAAGCUCUCCAAGCCAACAGAACUUGGCUCUUCAAGCUGAAGCAUGUAACGGCACUGCUCCCACUUCUUACUUCCUCUCCGGUUUGAGCAACGGUUCCUUGACUGGACCAAAAUUAUCUAAUUCCUCGUCUUCCACCCAAUUGGCCAAGGAAUCACCUUUGCUGGAGGAGAUAACUGGCAUUAUGAGGGGACAACGACAAGUGAUGCAUCAGUUGGAUACGUUAAAUAAUCUCCUUCGCGAAAAUGCAGGAGAGAGGUCUCGGCAAGUAAGAACAAACAGGAGAAGCAUGAUUGCUGAUUCUGAUAUCACAAAAAUCGCUCUAGUUUUGUCUAUUGGUGUUAUAGGAUUUAGCAUGUUCCGGCGAAUUUUCUAGCAUAGAAUAGGUUUCAAUGGGUUCAGAUUCUUGUUCCUUCAUCUUUAGAAUUAUUUCACUCUCUUUAGGAUCCUCCGACAAAGUAUAAUGUGCUGCUGCCCUUCUGCCCGGCAAAGUGAAAUGGAUUGAUGAGAGUAAAUUUUGUUUGACAAGUAUUGAAGGGCAAAGAGCCUUUCUUCUUUUCUGCAACUCGGAGGCAAAUUUUUCUUAGUAGUACUAUAAAUCAGCUGUGUGAUGUUCUAUAAUCAACAUGGUUUACAUUAAUAGCAAAAAUAAAUGCAGCUACAUUGUUUC